AUGAAGCAGUUAGUGGUGGUGAAUGUGUGGCUGGAUCAAGAAUUCUACCAAUUAGCAGAUACUCUGAUAGCUGUUUUACAACAUAUGGAUAUCAUUGAAUCUAUCGUCAAUAUACCUGUGCAAAAUCCAUCUGAGGAGGAGUUCUCUUCUGCUGAUUUGAAUUGGACCAAAUUUGGAAGUGCAGAGCGUCAUGAUGAUGUAGCCCUUAUUCCUUAUGCCCGAGUUGAUGCAUUUAUAAUUGGAGAGUGUUCUAAAAUAGAAUGCCCAACACGGUUCCAUAUUGAGAGGGGAAGGAAACGAUCAAAGGGCAGUUUAAAAGAAUACAAGAAUGAUGAAUAUCUGGAAUACAGGCUGUACUGGUGUUCCUUUGGUCCUGAAAACUACGGAGAAGGUGGGGGUAUUUUACCAAGCAGACGAUAUCGACUUAACACUCGAAACCGUGCUGCAAGACCUCAAUCCAUGAGGGGCUGUACAUGCCAUUUUGUAGUGAAGCGUCUCUAUGCCCGCCCAUCUCUUGCACUACUUAUAUAUAAUGAUAGGCGUCAUGUAAACAAAUCUGGUUUUGUCUGCCAUGGGCCACUUGACAGAGAUGCGAUUGGACCUGGUGCCAAAAAAAUUCCAUACAUAUGCAGUGAGAUUCAACAGCAAACUAUGUCUAUGAUAUACCUUGGUAUUCCUGAGGAAAAUGUAUUAGAGAAACACAUUGAAGGAAUUCAGCGUUACUGUGGUUCUAAUGCGAAAGUCAACAGCCUUGCUUCUCAGUAUGUCCAAAAACUGGGGAUGAUUAUCAAACGUUCUACCCAUGAAUUGGAUCUGGAUGAUCAAGCUAGCAUUCGAAUGUGGGUUGAACGCAACAAGAAAUCUAUUUUCUUUUAUCAGGAUACUUCAGAAACAAAACCUUUUAUUUUGGGUAUCCAAACUGAAUGGCAGUUACAGCAAAUGAUUCGUUUCGGUCAUCGUAGUCUCAUAGCAACUGAUUCAACAUUUGGCAUAAAGAGACUGAAGUACCCCUUGUGCACGCUUCUUGUGUUUGACUCUAGACAACAUGCUCUUCCUGUUGCUUGGAUCAUUACUCGUAGCAUUGCCAAGCCAGAUGUUUCAAAUUGGAUGAAAGCUCUGCUAGGCCGUGUUAUUGCUGUUGACCCUGGAUGGAAGGUCAAUGGGUUUUUAGUUGAUGAUGCUGCUGCAGAGAUUGAUCCCAUAAGAGAGACAUUUUCUUGCCCUGUCCUAUUUUCUCUCUGGCGUGUUCGUCGAUCGUGGCUGAGGAAUAUUGUCAAGAAAUGUUGUAACAUUGAAGUCCAGCGAGAGAUAUUUAAGCGGCUGGGAGAAGUAGUGUACAGUAUUUGGGGUGGAGUAAAUUAUGUGGUUGCUCUAGAAGAAUUGACCCAGGAUUUUGUUGAUCAAACUGCCUUUGUACAGUACUUCAAGGCCACUUGGGUGCCCAAGAUUGAAAUGUGGCUUACAACAAUGAAAACACUUCCACUUGCAAGUCAGGAGGCAUCUGGUGCCAUAGAAGCUUAUCAUGUCAAGCUCAAAGUCAAACUAUAUGAUGACUCACACCUUGGUGCACUCCAGAGAGUUGACUGGCUGGUGCACAAGUUGACUACUGAGUUGCACUCAAGCUACUGGCUUGACCGAUAUGCAGAUGAAAGUGAUUCCUUCCAAAAUGUUAAGGAUGAAUACAUUGCUUCUACGUCAUGGCAUAGGGCCCUGCAUAUUCCUGAUACUGCU